UCAGCUGCGUCAUAGUUCCGCGACGCAUGUUCAUUUGUGUAAACAUUGAAGUAACAGACGAAGAAACAUGGAUAACCUUGUAAAGGUUCAUGGAAGUGGCAACUAUGACUCUGACUUCAGCGAUGAGGAUGACCAGUCAUCAGACAGAGCCAUUAAAAGGAAACGUGAGGAGGAAAUCUUACAGAAGCCAUUCCAGAAAGAUCGGCACUCAAAGGUGGCUCACCGAAGUUUACACUGUAAUGAAGUCGACAGAGAGGAAGCCAGGAACAGGAGAGCUCACCUGAUAUCGCUGAAUGCAUUUGAGCGGCAUAAGAAGUUUGUUGGUGACUAUAUAAUGUAUUAUGGAGGAAAGGCUGGUGACUUCAGGCGCUCUAUAGAAAAAGACAAAAGAGAUGUGGAUGUGCUGCGUGAAAAUCAUCGCUUCCUCUGGAGGGAUGAGGACGAGGAAGACAUGACAUGGGAAAAAGACCUCGCCAAGAAGUACUACGACAAGCUGUUUAAGGAGUACUGCAUAGCUGACCUCAGCAGAUACAAAGAAAACAAGUUUGGAUUUCGCUGGCGGACUGAGAAUGAGGUUGUCUCUGGCAAAGGUCAGUUCCAGUGCGGAAACAAGCGCUGUGAGAACGGGGAAGGCCUAAAGAGCUGGGAGGUGAACUUUGCCUACGUCGAACAUGGAGAGAAGAGGAACGCUUUGGUCAAACUCAGAUUGUGUCCUGAAUGUUCUUUCAAACUCAACCAUCAUCACAAGAGGAAGGAGGUGAAACCAAAGUCGAAAAGAAGGAUAUCAGAGGAGAACCAGGAACCACCGAAGAAGAAGAAGAAGGAGAAAUCGAGGAGAAGAUCUUCUAAGAAACACAAGAAGCACCGAGAUCGCUCCACGUCUUCCAGCAGCUCAGAGUCGGAGUCACGUAACUCGGACAAAGACAGUGACGUGGAGGACGGGCCGGAGGGCCAAUCAGAAGCAGAGCACUGGCGAGGGCCGGCCCCCGCGGUGGAGGAAAAGUCCAGGGAAGAAGAGUUCGAUGAGUACUUUGAAGACAUGUUUCUCUGAAUCUGCUGGAAUCAGCGGCAACCCUGCUGUGACAACACUUCUGUCCGUAUCCCGCUGGCAUGACGUAUGUUCUCUUUGACUCUUGUGUUCAUGAAAUAAAAAUAAUGUUUAU